AUGUGGAGUGACGCUAGAGAAUGUUGUGAUCGGGCGGUAAUAGUGGAGAUUGGUGUGACGGAGGUGGUGUGGAGGCUCCUGUUGACGCUGCCCCGCCUGCCUCACGCCCGCCCCGUGAUGGUGACGCUGCCCCGCCUGCCUCACGCCCGCCCCGUGAUGGUGACGCUGCCCCGCCUGCCUCACGCCCGCCCCGUGAUGGUGACGCUGCCCCGCCUGCCUCACGCCCGCCCCGUGAUGGUGACGCUGCCCCGCCUGUCACGCCCGCCCCGUGAUGGUGACGCUGCCCCGCCUGCCUCACGCCCGCCCCGUGAUGGUGACGCUGCCCCGCCUGCCUCACGCCCGCCCCGUGAUGGUGACGCUGCCCCGCCUGCCUCACGCCCGCCCCGUGAUGGUGACGCUGCCCCGCCUGCCUCACGCCCGCCCCGUGAUGGUGACGCUGCCCGCCUGCCUCACGCCCGCCCCGUGAUGGUGACGCUGCCCGCCUGUCUCACGCCCGCCCCGUGA